CCCGGAAGCAGCUUCUUCAAUGAACUCGAGGAAAACAUGGCGCAGUACAUAGAGAACGCCGGUGCUGCUGAUGAAGUCCCCGACCUGUCAGACGAUGAAGACGACGACCAGUGGCAUUCGAUGGAGGAGAGUUCAGACAGCAACCUGAAAAUUACCUGCUUAUUCUGUGACAGGGUUUCGAAUUCUGUCAAUGACACGCUCUCACACUGCCAGUCUGACCAUCAGCUGAACGUCGCGAGUUUGGUGAGGAGAUGCAGAUUGGAUGACUAUGGGUAUAUAAAGCUUAUUAACUACAUUCGAUCGGUGAAAUGCAGCGCAGAAAGUUUGUUGGUGGUCACAGAAGGUCCUCUUCCAUGGGAGAGUGAUACUUACAUGCGGCCAACUCUUGAGGAUGAUCCUUUGCUUCAGAUUGACCUAGAGGAGCUCUGUGGGGCAGAGGUGGAGGGGGAUGUGGAGGUGGCUGAGCCCUCAAGCUCCCACUUCCAUAGUGCCCUGCUGCAGAGGGCUGAAUGGGCUGAACAGAGAGCCUUGCAGACAGAAGAAGCCCUAGCCAGAGCCAUGGAGGACCUGCACAGGCUCAAACAGUUAGCUCAGAACCUGGUGAUGAACGUGGAUGUCAGCAGGGGCGCCUCCGCUGCUGGGGCCAUCGCAGAGCUACGGGAGGAUGAGGACGAGGCCUACUUCAGCUCCUACGGCCACUACAGCAUCCACGAGGAGAUGCUGAAGGACAAGGUACGAACCGAGAGCUACAAGGACUUCAUGUACCUCAAUCCAGAUGUCUUCAAGGACAAGGUGGUGCUGGAUGUGGGCUGCGGCACAGGGAUCCUCUCCAUGUUUGCGGCCAGGUCGGGGGCCAGGAAGGUCAUUGGAGUGGACCAGUCGGAAAUCAUCUAUCAGGCCAUGGACAUUGUUAGGUCAAACAACUUUCAAGAGACAAUUACCUUAAUCAAAGGAAGGAUUGAGGAGGUAGACCUACCUGUGGAAAAAGUGGAUAUUAUUAUUUCUGAAUGGAUGGGCUACUUCCUCCUAUUUGAGUCCAUGCUGGACUCAGUGCUGUAUGCAAGGGACAGAUACCUGGCAGAAGGAGGAUCAGUAUACCCUGACCAGUGCACCAUCAGCCUGGCAGCUGUGGGUGACAGACAGAAGCACCAGGACCGCAUUGCAUUCUGGGAUGAUGUCUAUGGAUUCAAGAUGAGCUGCAUGAAGAAGGCAGUGGUGCCGGAGGCUGUGGUGGAGGUGUUGAAGCCUGAGACGCUGAUCUCUGAGCCAGCCGUCAUCCAGACUAUCGAUUGCAAUGCAGUGUGCAUCUCAGAGCUUGAGUUUGCAGCAGACUUCUGCCUAAAGAUUACUGACAGCACCCUGUGCACAGCUAUUGUGGGGUACUUUGACAUAUUCUUCCACAAGAACUGCAAGAACAAGGUCAUGUUCUCCACUGGACCACAGUGCACAAAAACCCACUGGAAACAGACCGUCUUCCUCCUCGAAAACCCCAUUCCAGUGCAGUCAGGGGAGGACUUGCAGGGGAAGAUAACUGUACGCAAGAACAGAAAGGACCCCAGGGCCUUGCUCCUCACCCUCAGCAUCAGAGACAUGAAGCAAACAUACAGUCUCCAGUAAAGCCAUUCCUCAGUCCAAACAUCUGUUUUCUAUGCUGAACUUGCCUUUUUAUGCUGAAGCCCUAAGAGUGUCUAGUUUAACAGUUAUCCAUCUGGAUAAAAGUAAAUGGAAUGAACAGCAUGGCUAAGGUUGCUGCUUCAUACCAUUUAGACUAUGAACACCUCCCACGCGUUCCUGUUUUCGGGGGAUUCAUUCAACAGUAACAUGUAUGGAUGGAAAACCACAGUUUAUGCAUCAUAUUACACCAUUGGGUCAGAAAAUGGUGCAACAUUACUAACUGAAAUCGAUGGCACACAAGCUGUAAUACUCUCUUCCUGUGGUAAUGAUGCUCCCGGAAAUAAAUGAACCCUGAACAAUUGGAGUCAUAUAUGUAUUUUUUAAGAAUACCAUUUCUUUGCUCAAACAUGUGAUAUGUAUCGAACAGUGCUAUACCUCUGGGUUACAGUGUAUGGAUCUUGUUGUUCCCAUCCCCUCAUUAUGAAUGCAGAU